AUGAGAUCUAUCGUUCUUCUCGUUUUAUUAUUUUGUAUCAUUGGUAACAUAAACGGAUCCCAUUUUCUCGGCGGUACUAUUUCAUGGCGUCCAGUAAAUGCAUCAGCUACAGGAACAUCUGUAGAUAUUACUAUUACUCAAACUUAUUCAUGGACAUAUUCAUUGAUAACAUGUACCACAGCUAUGAUUACUAGCAUUCAAUUAAUUCCUGUUGGAUUUUAUUCGUAUCUUACAACCCAACAACUCGUCUGUAUCAGUAACUGUGGAGCUAGUUCAACUGGCUAUGUAGCACCUAGUGUUAGACCUUACUGCAUGGAUAUUUCAGCACCUGUCGGAACGACUGUUGGACAACGUUCAGACAUUGUGACUUUGCAAGAAGAUGACGAUUUUUCAGCUGCUUUUCAACAAAAUGCUUGGCGUCCACUGGCAACGGCGAUGAUCGCCGAUUGGUCCAUCUCUGUACGUAUAACUGUCAAUCGAAGAUCUGAUAAUAACCUGUAUAACAGUGCACCGGUAGCUACAAUGAUGUCUCCCAUCCUAAUUCCUGUCAAUCAAACAACAGUUAUUUAUGUGCCUGUAGUUGAUGAUGACGGAGACGUCACUCGCUGUCGAUGGUCUACUGCAUCGAAUGGAGUGAAUGAAUGUGGUGGUGUAUGUCCACCCGGUUCAUUACCGUCAAACACUACAAUCGAUCCUAAUUGUACUAUUCUGAUAACGGGUCAAACUGUUGGCAAUUGGUAUGCUGUGACACUUAUGGUCGAAGAUUUCAUCAAUUCAACAAGUACAACUCCUCUUAGUUCGGUACCUGUUCAGUUUCUUGUACAAGUAGUAGAACAAUCGUUAUGUUCUAAUCCACCUACAAUUAUUGGAAUACCUCCUAAAGAGUCUUGUAUAGUAGCCAUAACCGGUCAAACAUUCUCAUCGCAAUUAAUUGCUAUAAAUAAUUGUGGUUCAAAUGUGACUAUUAUUGAUAUUACUAUAUUCGCUUUUCUUGGAAUGACACGAGGAAACGUCAUUCAACUAAACAUAACUACCUAUUAUGCUAAUCUCUCAUGGACACCGACCGAUUCUCAAAUUGGCUAUCAACUUCUAUGUGCAAUGGCUUUCGAUAGUCAAAACGCACAAUCAUCUCAAUAUUGUUUCAAAUUCUAUGUCACACAAACGAGUCUAUGUGCAUGUCCAGGUGAAGCUUGUAUUACAAUUGAUUCAAUAACUUCUCCAACUUCAACAGAAAAUUGUUUGUUCAUAUGCCUCUCUAUUAUCAUGAUAAAAUCUGAUCCUAUUUAUUUAUGUUAA